CUUUAAUCGAUGAGGUCGAACUCCUUACCUCCAGAACGAGCCUAAAGCUAGAUUUUCUGGCUUGGAAUGUCGUUUCCCCUUCGUUGAACGUCGUUCAAGUCCAUCGCGAUGUUGUCGUCAAACUAUGAGGAUACAUACAUGAGUUGGGGUUAUUUGCUGUUUAAACUAAGCCCGGAGUUCGAUUGGGAUCGAGACCCUUACCCACUGGAGUGCAAAGAAAAGCUUCUGGUCGUGGGUUUUGGCGGAAUCGACGCGACCAGGGGAUUCCCGGUGGCGUUCCCGGUCGAGGGGCCGACGUUGCUGCCUUUGGUCGAGGAAAGCUUACGGAGAGCUUCUUUUCUCCACCGGCCGGGUCUUUAUGCGAGGGGAAAAGGAACCAGACGGAAGGCUUGUGCUUAUUUGUUUACAGUCCGGGCACAUGGGGAAAAGGAGGUGAUAUGGAAACCAAGAAUGAGAGAAUGGAAUUGAUAGUGGAGUGGUUGAUGAGUUCCUCUUGUGUUUAUGAAAAUUAUUGACUUGUAUGCUAGCUUGUACUGGACUUAUACAAAAGACAGGGGACUACACAUGGAGAUGUAGGUAUUAUGCGAGAAGUAUGGAAAUUGUUAUUUCCAUUAUCUAUACAUGAGUGAGAAUGGGGGUGCCCUGACGAGUUCACGAGAUAAGGGACGGGGUGUAAAUGAGAUGUUGGCGGGUGAGUUGAUGGAUGGGUAUAAAUGAGAUCGAUUCCA